AUGAAAAUCCCACUUCCGCCGCGCGUGUCUCCGCGGUGCAGAAGCUGGGACGAACAGCUGCAGCUGUGUACGUCUCUUCUGCCUCCGACACAACCGGGAACUGAGAGCACCAGGAACCGAUCAAGCACCGGGAACCGGAGCAGGAGUUCGUCUGUGUGUGUUUCAGAGGCUCCGGACCCCGAGGGGAACAUGGAGGCCCCUCUGCAGGCCGGCCCUGGGCUCCGCUCCAGGCUCCUGAGGCGAUACACACAUGGGCCUCUGGUGUGGUGUGUGAGGGGCCUGUCCGGCUGCCACUGGGGCCCCGAGGAGAGGAGUCCUGAACCUGGAGACUGUGGCUGUAACAAGAUAACUGCCCCCUUCCUGCAUGUGGGCGGUCUCCUACUGAUGACCGCUCUGUCGUGGCCAGUGGCUGUGUUUGUGUCUCAGACGACCAGCUCAGUACCUCUGAUGGUACCUCUGAUGGUGCCUCUGAUGGUACCUCUGAUGCUGCCUCUGAUGGUCCCUCUGAUGGUCCCUCUGAUGGUCCCUCUAUGGUACCUCUGA